AUGUUAAAAGCAUCAGAAACAGCGCUCGCCGCAAUCGGCAAAACACCCCUUGUCCGUCUCCGCCGAAUUGUCCCCGCAAACCACGCAGAUGUCUACCUCAAACUCGAAUACACCAACCCAACAGGCUCCCACAAAGACCGCAUGGCCGCCGCCAUCAUCCAAGAGGCCGAGAAGAGAGGUGCCCUCAAGCCGGGCAUGAAAGUCGUCGAGGCCACAGGCGGCAGCACGGGGUCUUCGCUCGCCUUCGUCUGCGCGGUCAAGGGCUACAAGUUCCAACCGGUUAGCUCCAACGCUUAUGCAGUGGAGAAGCUCAAGACUAUGGCGGCGUUUGGGGCCAAGGUUGAUAUUGUUCACAGUCCGACGGGACAAAUCACUGCUGAUUUGAUUCCUUCCUUGAUUCGGCGGGCGAAGGAGGUCGAGAGGGAGGGGAAUGUGUAUUCUACGGACCAGUUCAAUAACCGGGACGCCUUGGUCGGAUACGCGGCCCUGGGCCAUGAGAUCAUUCAGCAAGUUCCAGAGGGCGUCGAUGUCUUUUGCGCUGCUGUUGGUACCGCUGGAUUGGCGAUGGGUGUCUCGGCAGUCUUGAAGGCAGCUAGGCCAGAGACGCGCGUGGUCGUGCUGGAGCCCGCUUCAACGCCCGUCAUCACAAGAGGUCAAGCUGGAUCUCAUGGCGUCGAGGGAAUUGGUAUUGGCUUCCUCCCCCCUCUUUUAGAUAAGAAGCUGUAUGACGAGGCGCGGGCCGUCUCGGAGGAUGAAGCGCGUGCCAUGUGUCGGCGUCUAUCUAGAGACGAAGGUAUUUUCGCGGGCGUGUCCACGGGUUUGAAUGUGGUUGCUGCGAUUCGGUUGGCGGCGGAGAUAGGGGCUGGGAAGAAGGUGGUUACCAUCGCGUGCGACUCGGGUCUGAAGUACUUGAAUGGGGACUUAUUCUCUACUCCUCAGUAG